GCUUACAACACCUCCGCUCUGCAGAGGCUGCCAUCUGGCUACCAGCAAAUGCUGUUGGUGAGCCAGGAGCAGCAAGCCAGAAGCAGCUAUUUGGAAAAUAUGUGAAGACCCCAGGAGCAGGAAAGUUUGCCAGAGUUUGACAGCCCCAAUGUAGAAUAUGGCACCCAAGACAAAGCAGAUGAAACAAGACACUGCCCGUGCUGGGAAAAAUAAGCAAGAAGUAAAAACCAAGAAUGGAGAUACAUCCAAAGAAAAAAACAACAGAGAAAUACUUGUUGAAGAGAGGAAAUCAUACUUGCAGAAGGAAGACAAGAUUCUCACUGAACAUCUGAACACGUACAUGGGAAGAGUGGAGCAUUUCCUGCAGGAAAAUAAAUUCCUAGAAAAGGAAGCUCAACGGAAUCGGGAUGAGGGCAACGCUUACCUCUCUUAUCUAACAAAACACAACCAGAAGUGCCAGAAUCUGAUAAUAACAUUAAAUGACCAGAAUCACACUGAUCUGUCUCAAGUCUGGACGCAGAAAGAGAAGCUAAUCUCACAGUAUACAGAAAAAGAAAAGGAGCUAAGGAAUUCUCUGAUGAAUAUGGAGACAAAGUACUCUCUCAUGAACAAGGAGGUUGAAGACCUGCAGCCUUUCAAAGACCCAUCUUUUCGACAGGAACAGGCGAAAAAGAUUAAAGAACUGGAGAAGGAAUUGUUGGUCACAAAGAUACAGCAUUCAGAUGAAAUGCACAAAAUCAAGAGCAGAUUUCUGCAAGCCAAGGCUGACUGUGAGACAGACUUUCAUCAGAAGAUCCAGGUUCUCACCAAGAGAGCCGAAAAAGCAGCAAUACAAUCUCUAAUUCAGCAUACCAGACAAGUAAAAGCAGAGAAUUGGCGUCUCCGCCAGGAACUGCUCAGACUCAUCCAAUACUCAAAAAUCCUUAAAGAAACCAAAGUUCAACUGAUAGAGCAGCAGGAACAGCUUCUUCGUGAGAAUGAAUACAUUCAGGAAAUGGCACGCAGGCGCCAGUGGUUACACCAGCGCAAGGCACACAAUGAAACUGGCAAAACCUACAGCUCUCACAGCCCUUCCAAAUGUGUCCAUUAACCUAAAAAAACCCUUCUCCACUCUGCAAUCAUGCCAAUACAUUGGUAGGCAUAGCUGGACCAUCAGUUGUUGCCACUAUUAGUUAGGUAACAGAGUCUAUGGAAGUAAAUGUUCUGUGCGUGGAGGGAAGGACUGCUUUACGUAGCUCACGUUCUGCGCACAACCCAGACAAUGGAUCUUAAAAGUAA